AUGGCACUUGUUUGCUACCGAAAAGAUCCCGUUUUCCCACCUUUCUUGUUUUUCCAACUAGGGGUGUUAUAUGUACAAAUUGCCAAUCCAGUUCCUUCCUCUGUCCUUUCCUUCUUUCCAAGAGUAUACCCAACAAUGCCUCUACAGGACCCCGAUGUGGACCAUAUGGCGGACGGUCUGGCCAACACUAGUCUGGGAUCCGGCAAUUCAAACGACUCAGAUGACAGAUCUGUCCAAUCUUAUCAACCGUCAAUUGAAUCUUCGGAUUUAAGAGGCACUCGUGAAGACGACGAGGACAACGAUAAUGACCAAGAGUACAAACAGGAUCAUCCAAGGAACACAAGACGGAUCUCCAUCCAAGAUGCAACAUCCAUUAUUGGUGGCUCGGAUAUCAAGAGAACAUUAUCAAGAAGCACUGCCCAGGGCCAUCAACAUGGGAAAUUCUCGGAUCACAACGGAAUACCGAAAACUCACAGCCAAGAGGAAAGUAAUAAGGCAAGUACCAGUCCUAAUGCAAGUGUAAGUACAAGUGCAAGUGCAAGUGCAAAUUACAAUGACAAUGGCAACGAUAAUGACAAUGAUUUUACGAGUGCCAUUAACCCAGAUACUAGCCAUGGAGAGGAAGAGACAUACUCAAAUAUGAAGGAGAGAGAAUCCACAAAGAGGGUUUUCAACUUCUCCAUGCUUUUCUCCUCUGAGGCAGAUACCAUUGAACCUGAAUUGAACCUCAUCCGGCGCCAAAAAUUUGCAAUCCAAAAUCACCUUUCAAACUUACAUCAUCAAAUCAACGGCAGACAUGAUACUUUCCCACAUGUCUCCAAGACUAUCAGGAGAAUCACUAAAUAUUUACCAUUCAAGUCCUCACAUUCCUCUGGCUCCAAAAUCAUCAAGAAGGCUGCAUAUCCUAAAGCCCCAUUACCACCAUCCAACGUGAAGGUCUAUUGGGAAGAUAUCCAAAACGACCGAUGUUUCGAAACACACGAACAUAUUAGAUCCAAAUUGGAACGACAAGAAUCUCUGAGUACAAUUGAAGAGGCAAAGUAUUACAGAGAUACUGACCACUAUGAUGAUGGUAAAAUGAAGGCCCUAAGGGACUCGAUAAUCAAUAAUGCAGUCCCCAUGCAGUUGACUAAGUCGAUUGGUCAUAAAUUCUCGAGCCUAACUUCACCUACAACGACAAAUAACCAAGUGAUGGAAUCAAACCAAAUCCCUCAACCUCAAGAACGUACACAGUUGAGUCUAUCAAAAUCAAAUACAAUCAAUUCCAGUAUUCUCGACGAUAACUCCAAGUUACUCUCUUCUAGAGCAAUGUCACCAGCUCAUAAUAAUUCUCUGUUGAAAGAUAGUGAUCCAGAGAUGGAAAUUUACGACCAAUUGGAUGGUGAUGUUCUAGUGCUGGGUGGUUAUAGAGGCUCGAUUCUAAGAGACUCUCACACACACCAGAGGGCUUGGAUUCCAGUCAUUAAGGCCGGUCUUAAUAUACGUAAAAUCAACCUACAGAUUGGUCCCCAUGAGGAGGAUGAAUUGAAUGAAUUAAACUCUCGUCAAGUUAUUGAAAACCAUAUACUUGAUCCGUCGGAUCCAAGGUACCCAAAAGUAUACCCCGACGGAAUGCUAACUCAUAUUGGGCCUGUUGAUAUAUCCAAGAAGUUGAUCAAGAGGCUUAACUUGAAUCCCAGAGUCCACGCUAGAGAUUGGGGUUAUGAUUGGCGACUAUCUCCUGAAUUGACAGCCCGUCAACUGCAUGACGAGAUUGAACAGAUUGUGGAAAAUCAAAAGGAUGGUGACAAGAAAGGUGUUAUACUAAUUGCCCACUCAAUGGGCGGAAUCGUUGCACAUGGUGCAAUGGUCUUGAAUCCAAAACUGGUUAGAGGUAUAAUUUAUGCAGGUACACCCAUGCCCUGCUGUAAUGUCUUGGGUCCUUUAAGAUUCAGUGAUUCGAUCUUGUUAAACAAAGAAAUCUUAUCAAAUGAGGUCAAUUUCUUUAUUAGAAGUAGUUUUGUCUUUUUACCACCAAGCUGGGGUGGUGAGGAUGAAGAUGGUAAAAAUGGUGGCAUGUGUUUAUUCAGAGACCUAGAAACCGGAAAGAGGAUCAAAGUGGACUUCUGGGAUCCCUGGAACUGGGUUGAAUUCAACUUGAAUCCCCUAGUUUCAAGUGUUCGAUUGAAAAACGACGUUAAACAUGGUAUUAUAAAAGUCAAUGAAAUCAAAGAUUUACAAUUACGGCAAGAAAUUGAUCAAAUGUUGAAAAAAAUCAAAAUUGAUCCUGAAACUGAACUGAUUGUACAGGACGAAAUCUCGAAACUAUCGCAUCCAACAGUUUCGUGGAUAGACUCUUAUACUUAUUUGAAAAGGACAUUAUCUAAAACGAAAAAGUUCUUAAAGAGUUUUGAGCGUGACCCAAGCAUAAAAUACCCUCCAUUGGCCCAGGUUUUUUCAAAUAGCGUUCCUAGCAUAAAAUAUUCAUUGGUUAAUGGUUUAGAAAGUAUCAAACGUGGUGAAUAUUAUAGGUUCUUCUACGGACCUGGUGAUGGUAUAGUCUAUUCGGGCUGGACUUUCCCGCGUGAUAUUAACCGCCAUCGUUUAUCUGGUGAAGAUAAACCAUAUCAAGAUGGUGUCGAUCCGAUUCCUGAUGUACCUAAUUGGAGGGCAAGAGAAUACGGUUAUGGUGAAAAAUACGCCUUUGAUUUGUGUGGCAGAUUUAAAGGAACCUGUGGACAUAUUGGUUUGUUAGCCGAUUUGAAGCUCGUUGGACAGGCCUUGAAAGCUAUACGGGAUGAAGAACUCAAGAGGUCCCAAACGAUCUAA